AUGGCCGACAAAAUGAUAGAGCAUUUCGAACCCGCACCGGCUGCCGCUAUUACCACUACAACCACUGUGCCAUCGUGCGAAAAUAACAGAAACAGUAAUAAUGAAGUACAAGACCUGCAAGUAAACCUACUCACAAAACAAAUCGAGAAAAUGUCACUAGAAAUAGCCUUAUCGUCCGCCGCACCGCUCACGCUUUUAAAGUCACUCAAGAGCGUCGAAAGAAAGUCGAACAAAUUCACGUAUACGUUCACACUCGCGUCGCCGACCUGA